GUGUCGCGCGAAGCGGGCGCCGGCCGGGCGGGAAGCCGGUCCCUCCGCACCUGCGGCUGCGUCCCGCGCGUCCCCGGCCAUGGCGCACGUGCGGGCGGCGGCUCCGAGGGUCCGCCGAGACGUCCAGUGAGCUGGGGGUCGCAGGAGGGAGCCGGCGCGGGGCGGCGGGCGCGAUGCCUGUCCUUCCGGAGGCGACGGCGGCGGGGCGCGCGGUGGCCCUGGCCCUGGUGCUGCUGCUCCCCGCGGGUCCGGCGGGCGCCCUGCCCCGCCUGCAGCCCGGCAUGCCGCAUGUGUGCGCCGAGCAGGAGCUGACCCUGGUGGGCCGAACCCAGCCCUGUGUGCAGGCUUUCAGCCGAACCGUGCCCGUGUGGAAGCCGGGCUGCGGGCGGCAGGCGUGGUGCAUCAGCCACGAGCGGAGAACCGUCUACUACACGGGCCACAGGCAGGUGUAUGCCAUGGAGGCGCAGACCGUGUUCAGGUGCUGCCCUGGGUGGAGCCAGCAGCCCGGUGACCAGGGCUGCCUCUCCCCCCGGUGCAGUGCUGGCUUCUGUUUUAACGGCGGUCACUGCGCGCCCAGCUCAGUCCAGCUGUGCCGCUGUCCCCGAGGGUUCCAGGGUCCCCGCUGUCAGUACGAUGUGGAUGAGUGCCAGGUGCACAAUGGCGGCUGCCAGCACAGCUGUGUGAACACGCCAGGCUCCUACGUCUGUGAGUGCAAGCCCGGAUUCCGGCUCCACGCGGACGGCAGGACCUGUUUGGCCAUCAACUCUUGUGCCCUGGGGAAUGGCGGCUGCCAGCACGAGUGUGUCCAGCUCACGGUGACCCAGCACCGCUGCCAGUGCCGCCCCGACUUCCAGCUCCAGGAGGACGGGAAACGCUGUGUCCGGAGAAACCCAUGCGCGGACCGGAACGGCGGCUGCGCUCACACGUGCCAGGUGCGCCGGGGGCUCGCCCACUGUGAAUGCCACGCGGGCUUCCUGCUGGGGGCGGACCGCAGGUCCUGCGAAGAUGUAGACGAAUGUGCCACAGGGCAGGCGCGGUGUGCCCACGGCUGCCUCAACACCCGGGGGUCCUAUAAGUGUGUGUGCCACCCCGGCUACGAGCUGGGCGCUGAUGGCCGACAGUGCUACCGGAUCGAGAUGGAGAUCGUGAACAGCUGUGAGGCCGGCAACGGGGGCUGCUCCCAUGGCUGCAGCCACAGCAGCGCGGGGCCCCUGUGCAGCUGCCCCCGUGGCUACGAGCUGGACCAGGACCAGAAGACGUGCAUCGACGUGGACGACUGUGCGGACUCGCCGUGCUGUCAGCAGGUCUGCAGCAACAGCCCAGGCGGGUACGAGUGUGGCUGCUACGCAGGCUACCGGCUCAGCGCCGACGGCUGCGGCUGCGAGGACGUGGACGAGUGCGCGUCCGGCCGCGGCGGCUGUGAGCACCACUGCACCAACCUGGCCGGCUCCUUCCAGUGCUCCUGUGAGGCUGGCUUCCGGCUGGACGAGGACCGUCGAGGCUGUGCCCCCCUGGAGGUACCCGAGGCGGACCUGGACGGCCAGCUGCCCUUCGUGCGGCCCCUCCCACACGUCGCGGUGCUCCAGGACGAGCUGCCCCACCUCUUCCAAGAUGACUACGUGGGGGCCCAGGAGGAGGCAGCAGCAGCGGAGGCCCGGGGCGAGCACACGCUGCUGGAGAAGUUUGUGUGCCUGGACGCCUCCUUCGGCCAGGACUGCAGUCUCACCUGUGAUGACUGCAGGAACGGGGCCACCUGCCUCCCGGGCCUGGACGGCUGUGACUGCCCUGAGGGCUGGACCGGGCUCAUCUGCAAUGAGACUUGUCCCCCAGACACAUUUGGGAGGAACUGUAGCUCGUCCUGCAGCUGUCAGAACGGGGGGACCUGCCACCCCGCGACGGGGGCCUGCCGCUGCCCCCCUGGCGUCUCUGGAGCCCACUGUGAGGACGGCUGCCCCAAGGGCUUCUACGGCAAGCAGUGCCACAAGAAGUGCCACUGUGCCAAUCGUGGCCGGUGCCACCGCCUCUAUGGGGCCUGCCUCUGCGACCCGGGGCUCUACGGCCGUUUCUGCCACCUGGCCUGUCCUCCGUGGGCCUUCGGGCCGGGCUGCUCGGAGGAGUGUCAGUGCGAGCAGAGGAACACGCUUGCGUGUGACCGGAGAGACGGCAGCUGUUCCUGCAAAGCGGGCUUCAGGGGCGAGCGGUGUCAGGACGAAUGCGAGCCAGGCUUCUUCGGGCCGGGGUGCCUGCAGGCAUGUGCCUGCCCUCAGGGCGUGGCCUGUGACCCCGUCAGCGGCCAGUGUGGGAAGCAGUGUCCCGCCGGCUACUGGGGGAAGGACUGUGACCAAGAAUGCCCGGAGGGGACGUUCGGUGUGAACUGCUCGGGCUCCUGCUCCUGUGGGGGGGCACCCUGUGACCGUGUCACGGGGCAAUGCCAGUGCCCUCCAGGGAGGACUGGGGACGACUGUGGGGCAGAUUGUCCCGAAGGCCGCUGGGGGCUGGGCUGCCAGGAGAUCUGCCCUGCGUGUGAGCACGGUGCCGUCUGCGAGCCCGGGACCGGAGCCUGCCUGUGCCGCCCCGGCUACACGGGCAGCCGCUGCCAGGACGCGUGCCCGGCGGGCUGGUUUGGGCCCGGCUGCCAGAUGAGGUGCUCCUGUGCCAAUGACGGGCACUGCCACCCGGUGACCGGACGUUGCAGCUGUGCCCCCGGGUGGACCGGCCUCAGCUGCCAGAGAGCCUGCGACAGCGGCUACUGGGGACCCAACUGCAGCCACACCUGCAGUUGCAGUGUAGGCCACGGGAGUUGCGAUGCGGUCAGCGGCCUGUGUGCGUGUGAGGCCGGCUACGCGGGCCCGCGGUGUGAGCAGCGGUGUCCCCAGGGCUACUUUGGGCCAGGCUGCGGGCGGCGGUGCCAGUGUGAGCACGGGGCAGCUUGUGACCACAUCAGCGGGGCUUGCACCUGCCCGGCCGGCUGGAGGGGAACCUUCUGUGAACGUGCCUGCCCGGCGGGCUUCUUUGGACUGGAUUGCCGUGGCGUCUGUGACUGUGUCGCCGGAGCCUCCUGUGACUCCGUGAGCGGCUCCUGCCUCUGCCCCGCCGGCCGCCGGGGCCCCCGCUGUGCCCAGGCCUGCCCAGCCCACUCCUACGGACACAACUGCAGCCAAGCCUGCACCUGCUUCAACGGGGCCUCCUGUGACCCUGUCCACGGACAGUGCCGCUGUGGCCCUGGCUGGACGGGCCCCACUUGCCUGGAGGCCUGCCCCUCAGGCCUCUACGGUGAGAACUGUCAACAUUCCUGCCUUUGCCAGCACGGGGGCACCUGUGACCCUGUCUCAGGCCACUGCACGUGCCCAGAGGGCUGGGGUGGCCCAGCCUGUGAGGAGGAAUGUCUGCCGGGACGCUUCGGGGCCGGUUGCCAACACAGCUGCAGGUGCCUCAACGGUGGCCUCUGUGACCGGUACUCAGGCCGCUGCCUCUGCCCAGCCGGCUGGACCGGGGACGAGUGUCAGAGCCCCUGUGCCGAAGGCACGUUUGGAGCUCACUGCGAGGAGCGCUGUGCCUGCCGGCGGGGAGCCACCUGUCACCACGUCACGGGGGCCUGCCUCUGCCCCCCGGGAUGGAGGGGCUCGCAGUGUGAGAACGGUGAGACCCUUGGCGCCGCCGCACCCGGGGGCCCCGCUGCUCGGGUGGGGGUGGGCCCUGACGCCGUGCCCCCCCCACCCCCCGGCCCGGCCCGCGCCGGCCCCGGGACUCCCUGCCACCCCAGCACAUGGCUUCCCGCAGCCUGCCCGCGUGGCCGGUUCGGAAAGGACUGUGGCCAGCACUGCCAGUGCCCGCCGGGCUCCGCCUGCCACCACGUCACCGGGGAGUGUCGCUGUCCAGCGGGCCUCACGGGGCCCAGCUGCGAGCAGGCCUGCCCGCCAGGCACCUUUGGGGAGCGCUGUGGGCAGAAGUGCCGUUGUCCCAGCGAGAACCAGACCUGCCACCCCGCCCUGGGGACCUGCACGUGUGCCGCUGGCUACCACGGCUCCGGCUGCCGGCAGCGGUGCCCCCCUGGGCGGUUUGGACCCGGCUGUGAGCAGCCAUGCGGGUGUCUCCACGGGGGCUCCUGUGAUGCGGCCACCGGGGCCUGCCUCUGCCCUGCUGGGUUCCUUGGGGCCGACUGCAGCCUGGCCUGUCCGCAGGGCCGCUUCGGUCCUGGCUGUGCGCGUGUGUGCAGGUGUGGGCAGGGAGCGGCCUGCAACCCCGUGAAUGGCAGCUGCACCUGUCCCCCGGGGAGGACCGGCCUCCACUGUGAGCAUGGCUGCCCUCGGAACCGGUUUGGCAUAAGCUGCGAGCACGCGUGCUCCUGCAGAAACGGGGGCCUGUGCCACGCCACCAACGGCAGUUGCUCCUGCGGCCUAGGCUGGACGGGGCCGCGGUGUGAGCUGGCCUGCCCUCCCGGUCGCUACGGUGCUGCCUGCCGCCUGGAGUGCUCGUGCCAGAACAACGGCACCUGUGAGCCCGCCACGGGCGCCUGCCGCUGCGGCCCCGGCUUCUAUGGCCAGGCCUGCCAGCACCCCUGUCCCCCUGGCUUCCACGGGGCUGGCUGCCAGGUGGCAUGUGAGUGUCAGCACGGAGCCUCCUGCCACCCCGUCAGCGGCCAGUGUCUCUGCCCCGCCGGCUUCCACGGCCAGCUCUGCGAGAGGGGGUGUGAAGCAGGCUCAUUUGGAGAGGGCUGCCGCCAGCACUGUGACUGCGAGGCCGGGGCACCCUGCGACCCCGUCACCGGCCAGUGCCUUUGCCCCCCAGGGCGCACAGGGGCCACCUGUGACCGCGACUGCAGACCGGGCUUCUUUGGGCCAGGCUGUGCCUUGCGCUGUAGCUGCGGAGCUGGGGCCGGUUGUGACCCCGUCAAUGGGCAGUGCCACUGCGUGGACGGCUACACUGGGCCCACCUGCCAGCAAGCGGCCUUGCAACCGGCCUCUGACGGACCAGCACCUGGGCUCAGCAGCAGGGCACAGAAACACUAGCGCAGAGGCAGCAGUCAAGCAGUCCCGUCUCCCGGGUGCUCUGGCGACGACUGAGGAGGGCGCCCAUGGGCCAGGACUCCAGCCGCAGCCUCGUCCCCGAGGGCCAUGUGCAGCCACGCAGCCCCUCGCUCUGCAAGGAUCGGCUGGCACGGGGAGGGAGGCCCUGGCCGGCCCAGCCGCAAGGAGCCUGGACGAGUGGACCGGCCCUACUGGCUGUUCGUGCUGAGCAAGCCCGCCUCCCCGGGUGGGGACUGAGGUGUGGGCGCAGGUGCGGCAGGGGACUGCUGCCCCCCCAGCUGGUUCUUCUGGUGCUAGGCCCUGGGACUGCUGUGGCCCCGUCUGUUCGCCUGGAGCCGCAGCCCACUGUAUUUAUGUAAAAGUAUUUAUGUGCAGCUGGACACGCCCGCCACACCCUGGGCGCCGAAGGCUGCCCGUCCCCUGCGCCUCGAAACCCUGACGCGGGACCUUGGGCUCUGAGGGGCCUCUGGGUGGGGGACUCUGGUACAUGUGAAACCCAGUAAUUUAAGGAAGAAGCAGGCGCUUCCUUGUGA